AGUUGGGGAGGAAACCAUCAAUUUAAUGGUGAUUUAGAGCUGGAACUGAAAAUGAAGCCAGAAGGAAUUCAACCACUCCCGGACUAGGCACCAUUCAGACCGAAACAAAAACAAUGGUGAUUAAGUAUGAUGAACACGAAUUUGAUAUUCAAGACCAUGCUCCACGAAAGCAGGAGGGUAAAAAUGGCAAUACUACGUCAAAUUGAAGUGAUGAAAAACAUUUAGCAAGUCAAAGUCAAAACUCUGACUGACUGACUAUCCAUCCAAAGGCAAAGGUUGCAACUUUAACUGGAUCUAGUGCUCUCAGUUGAAUUCAGCGAGGCGGAUAGGGGGGAAAACGAACACGCAAGAAAAGAUGAAGGCUUUGGGAUGGUGGUUAAUGCUGUUGGGUUCACUUCGAUUGGUUUCCGUUUGGUUCGGCUUCUUUGAUAUUUGGGCUCUUCGUCUCGUUGUUUUCUCCAACACCACCAUGACUGAAGUUCACGGGAGGACAUUCGGAGUUUGGACACUUUUGACUUGUACUCUCUGCUUUCUUUGUGCGUUUAACUUGGAAAAUAAGCCACUAUACUUGGUGACAUUUUUGUCAUUCAUCUAUGCCUUUGGUCACUUUUUGACUGAAUACCUCUUCUAUCACACAAUGGCCCUUUCAAAUCUGACAACUGUAGGCAUCUUUGCAGGGACAUCAAUUAUAUGGAUGCUGCUACAGUGGAAUGCACAUCAACAAAUACAUGCCAAGCAUUCCUGAUAAUGGACUCAUUUACUUUCUGUUGCUUUAAUCUUAGUGCUGACACAGUGAUUUCUCAGCAUUAAUUUUAUUUUUUCAACCAGUUUAACAGCUGUUCACAAUUAGAUUGUGGAGGUCUGUCGCUGACAAAGAAUUCAAAGCAGUCUGAUGUGCAAUUCUGUUUGAGUACUCGAUUAUAGAUUAAAUUCUGAGAAAAGAGCCAUGGCUCUAAACUUCUAUACCAUA